GCAGGUUGGCAGCAGUGGCCGGCUAGCGCGGGCUGGGAGGGGAAAGGGUUGUGGAAAGUUGUAAACGAAUCGUGCGUGGAACUUGGCCUCGCUGGCGUUUUCUCGCGAGUUCGGACCUUUUUUCCUCGUCCGGUGACCGGGCGAGUGUGGCGCGAGUGUGAAAAGGAACAGGCGGCUGAUUGAGGCCGAGGCCAGGCGGCCCAGUUCUUCAAGUCCGGAUAGGACCCCGUCCGUGAUGGGCUGCGCGAUGCGUCGCUCUUAUCUCCGUGGCGACACAUUCGCCAGGCUCGUGCUGUAGCGCUCGCCGAGCGCAGCCAGUGCCGACGAUGCCCGUCCCGUCCAACGCGUGAAGGUGCUUGUCUAACUAAGCCGAGUGGCGAAGGCAAACUCUGGGCCAAGUGAGGCUACUGAAGACAGCCUUCAAGCAAAGCGCACUGACCAGCAGGAGCAGGAGUGCGAGCGGCCCUAUCUCACGCCGAAUGAGUCUGUCGGCAGCCAUCGACAGGGCCAGGGCUAGCCCAAGCCCUGUCCUGGGUGACUUCGACAAGGAGAAUGUCACUACCUUUGACAAAACUGACCUGUUCCUGGCCAGCCCCAUCAAAAGCUUCUCAAGCCCUUCCAAGUUUGGUGCCAUCCGGCAAGCUAUCAGCCCAAGGCUGAGGCUACCGCUGGAAGAUCAGGACCCCAACUCCCAAGAUAGCGGCUACGGUGCUUGCUUUGCUGGUGAAGAUGCCAAGUCCAGCUUCCGCUUUGCUGAGCCCCUUCGUAUGGCUCCAAGAAAGACACCAAUCGAACCAUCGCCAAGGAAGGAGCUCACUCCAUCACCUCAAAGCAAACGCGCCUCAUCCUUGCAGCCAUCUUCUCUUUACAGUAGAUCAUCGAGUUCAGGAAGUGAAUCAAUCGAUGAUGGCUUCAUGGAGCUCUUCAUGAGUGAAAAAGUGGAUGAGGACACUCAGGUUCCCAUUGGAAUGAGUGAUCUCCUCUCCGGGGACAUCCACAAAGACAGAUUAUCUCUGGGCAGCACAGCAAGCAAUAGCCUGUCCCCGUACUCUGAUAGCCCUAUGCUGGAACAAUUGCAAGCUUGUCCAACUGAAGAUUUCCCCAAGCCUUCUUUCCGCCGUUCCUUGUCUACCUCAGAUAGCUUUACACCUGCUUCUAGCAGAGUAGUCAAGGUUCGCACUUCUUUAUUCAAGCAGUCCAGUGUUGUUAGGACGUUGGACCACUCUUCUGAUUUUGCCCCAACCCCUGAGGCGUCUCCCGUCUCUCAACUUGCCUCCAACGCUCUUUCCUCUCUGCACCUGUCCAGCGGGGGCUCCUUCAAGCGCCCUGAACCUCCGACUGACAAGCACAGCCCCAUUCAAGUCAAGAGGCGGAAGUUCCUGCAGUGCAUUCAAGAUAACCUCAACACUUCACCUCAGAGCCCCCUGCAAGUUUCCCAUAAACCAACACCACCCAAAUUCCAGCGCUGCUUCUCGGAGACUGAAGCAACUAUCAAAUCGGCCCUUCUGAGGGCCUCUACCAACCCUGAUCUUAUCGGUGACUUCAGCAAACCAUUCGCCCUUCCUCUCAUGGAAGGACGCCACCAAGAUCUCAAGAGCAUCUCUGUGGACACCCUUGCUGCACUGAUGAGGGGAGAAUUCAAGGAUGAAAUUGCCAGCUUCACAAUUGUGGAUUGCAGAUAUCCCUAUGAAUUUGAGGGUGGUCACAUUCGUGGUGCCAAGAACUUCUACACAAAGGAGCAAAUUUACAAGGAGUUUGUGAACACCAAGGAUGGAGUAAACAAGCCUGACUCCUCAGAUUCUAAUGUUGGCAACAAGCGCAGUAUUUUAAUCUUCCAUUGUGAAUUUUCGUCAGAGAGGGGACCUAAUUUGUCUCGCUUUUUGAGGAAUUCUGACCGCGACACUAAUAAGGAAUGCUAUCCCUCAUUAGAUUUUCCUGAGAUGUACCUACUGAAUGGUGGUUACAAGCAAUUUUAUGAGCAAUAUCAAAGUCUCUGUGACCCUCAAGCCUAUCGGCCAAUGACACACCCAGACCACGAAAACGAUCUCCGCAAAUUUAGGUCUAAGAGUAAAUCAUGGAAUGGUGGUGAUGGCAAGAAUAGAUUAUAUCCUCGAGGUGUAGGAAUGAAGCGUCUCGGUCUUUGACUUGGCACUUUUGUGCACAAUUAGGUAGAAUUUUCAAUUUUUCAAUUUUGUGGGAAAGUGGGGUGUUUACUUUUUUUCUUUUUUUAAUUUUGUGAUUCCUAAACUCUGUUUUGCUGGAGGUGCUGAUCAGCUUGAUAACUUACUGACUUACUCAGAGGUAUUUUUAAUUUGUUGUGCUCUAAUUGUUAUUUUUAUUUUUUGUUAGUUUGAUCAGCAUUUUGUUUUGAAUGUUUCAUGAUGUAGCUUCCAUGUACAAGUAAGCCUCCACCCUGGCUUUCAUGAUAUGUUAAGGUAAAACAGAUGUUUAUCUACUUCUUGCAGUUGGUUUUGAAAUGGAGUUUCUUAAGUGAUUCUUUUGUAAGUGGCAGCUUUAUUGACUUUAAUUCGCUCUCGUGGAAAAUGUCUAUCUAGUCCUAUAAUGAAGUCUGCCUUCGUAAUUCAAAUCGAAUUUGUUCCCCAUUUUGUUUGCUUUCUUGAGACUCCUGACAAAACCAUGCAACGUUAGUUAUUGAAAAGAAUUCGAUGUGAUUUAACUUAAUUAAUCGAUCUCAGGUCCAUUACUGGGCUGUAUAUGAGUUAUUAGUCUGCUAUUAUUCUGUAUCAUGUUGAGAAGGUGUAUUUGUGUGACAUUGCGUACCAUUCUUGGUCUUAAAUUAAUUUAUACUUUCAGGCAUUCUUAAAAAAAGUCUUUUACAUUUGGCUCUUGGUUGACUUUCAUUUGUCUCAAAUUUAUUGUAGUGCAAUAUCCAAAUUGUGUUUUAUUCUGUUGAUUUUCACUGAAUGGUACUGCAAGUGAAUACUGGUUAAGUGGUGUUCUCUGUGUGUAACUGUCUAAACAAGUUGUUUUCUUUCUUUUUUGUGUUCCUCAAAUUAUUGGGGUAUCCUGAGUCAACUUAAAUCUUAAUGUGGAUAGAUGUCUUAACCGGUUGAUGAAACCAUUUUAUUGAAAAGACUUUAUAUAUUUGCAGAAUUUUAAACUCUGUUUUCAUCACAAAUAAAUAUUUAUAUUUUAAAUCGA